AUGACAUUGCACAAGGAGUUUGAAUGGAAGUCUGCCUCAGAUGUAGAUGAGGGUGAAACUAGAAUACAGAAUACCAAGGUCACUGUGAGGAGUUCACAUUUUCAGCAGAAGUUGGCAAAGGAAAAUGAUGAAGAGAAUCAAAAUGAAAAACUCUUAGGCAAGGAAGAUGUCUCCACAGAUAAAUGUGAGAAUGUCAAUCCUCAUUGUGAAAAUAAGUCUGCUUCAGCUGCAAGUGAGGUCAAAACUAGAAUAAAGAAUAGAAAAACUACGGUGAGGGGUUCUUAUUUUCCACAUAAAUCUGUAAAUGAACGUGAUCAAGACAAUAGACAAGAGAAACUUUUAGUCAAGGCUAAUCUUACAACUUCUACAUGUCAAAAUGCCAUUCCUGAGAGUGCUUUUUCUGAUGAUAGUUGCUUUAACAACUCAAUCCUGAAAAGGAAGAUAGUUUAUGAAGUCAGCCUUCUUCCUUGUAUGUCCUUUCCAGAUUUGUUGGUAGAAGGGUAUGGAAUAGCAUCUGUGGAUGUAAGUAUGGACGGAAGAGUGGAUGUAAGUGUGAUGUGGGGACAUGGGGAUGGGUAUUGUGCAACAACAACGAUAAGAAUUGGAAUGGGAAUAGCCAGUAAUGUAAUUUUAAGAGUUUUGAAGCUUUCUUGUGAAUUAUGUGAUGAAUCUAACCUUGGUGUGAGGAAAACUAGGUGCUUCUCAUCUGGUUCUCGUGCUAGUGGUCUCUGUGCCCCUCUAAAAGAUGUCCAGAACACAUUUACUAGUAGGUCAAAUGUUGGUGUGGAUUUAAACAAAUUUGCAUAUGCACCAACUAAUCGGAAGGCUUCCUCAGAACAAUGCAAACGCUAA